AGUCAGUCGAUGCACCGAAGGCGUACCGAUCGGACGGUUUGCUUGAAGUUCUUUAGCGAUUUGAGUGGCGCGAAGUACCUCAGUACGGCAACAACAAGUGUGACGACGAUCGCGGUCCGGUGUGUGAUCUUUGCGCGUCUGGGAAGAAAAUUGAAAAAUUGGCAUUUGCCUUUUAAAUCGUGUUUGAAUAGUUCCACCAUAAGCGUUCGAAGAUGAUCGUACGGACAACGGCUUUGGUUGGGUUGUUGGUUAUGCUCGGCAGUAUCGACGCCCAGCAGUCGACCUACGGCAAACAACUGCGAGGGGUCACGCAAUGGAAGUCGCUGGACUUUGUGUUCUCCUCACCCAGGGAACGGGAGGAAGCGCUGGCUUCCAGACGGUUUAUCCCCGAGAACUGCAUCCCCCUUGAUAUGGACGUCGAUUACCAUAGCAACCCUCUGCGAUCGCGAGUUUUCGUUACCGUUCCCCGUUUCAUCGAAGGCAUCCCCGCUACGCUGGGAAUCAUUUCGCAGCAGCAAGGUGCCUCGGGACCGCUGAUUGAACCUUACCCAAAUGCAGCCAUUCAGGCCACUCCGGAGGAUGGGCGGUGCCAAGGGAUCGUGUCGGUGUUCAGGACCAUGAUUGACGAGUGCAACCGCCUGUGGGUCGUAGACACCGGCAAGAUCGGUGAUCGCAGAAUCUGCCUGCCGAAGAUCGUUGCCUUUGAUCUCCGUACCGAUCAGAUCAUCCACCAGUACCAGAUCCCUGCGAAUCAGUUGACGUGUGAUGUCUCGCUUCUUGUCAGCAUUCUCGUAGACGUUCGCGAUCCACCGCCGACGGGAUCCUGCUCCAACACCAUGAUCUACGCGGCGGACGUCACCGGUUCCGGGCUGAUCGUGUACGAUAUGGCCCGCGGUAAGUCCUGGCGAGUCACCAAUAAGCUGAUGAACCCCAACCCGGACCACGGAACGUUUAACAUUGCCAGCGAUAGUUUCGACCUGAUGGACGGCAUGAUCAGUAUGGCCCUCAGCCCGAAGGCUCCGUCGGACUUCACGUUCAACUCCGCCUACGGUGUGUCCAGCAAUCGACCGGCCGUCCUGAACGACCGGUUGCUCUUCUUCCACGCCCUGGCUUCCAUUUCGGAGAGUGCCGUGCGAACGUCCGUCCUGCACAACGACACCAUGUGGGCGGAAGACGCCGGUGCGAUGCCCCGGGCUUUCCGGGUGAUCGGUCGCCGCACGUCGCAAUCAGCCGCCGAAGCGAUGGACGGCAACGGUAACCUGUUCUUCGGCCUGCUCAACCAGAUGGCGAUCGCCUGUUGGGACUCCACCACCAACUACAAUCCGAACAACUUCCGGAUCGUGUCGCAGAACCAGGAGACGCUCCAGUUCCCCAGUGGGGUGAAGAUCGUUCGCAACCGGAAGGGAGUGGAGGAGUUGUGGGUAAUGAGCUGUCGGUUCCAGAAGAUCAUGGCCGGGACGUUCAACCGGAACGAAACGAACUUCCGGGUGCAGGCGAUCCAGAUUCCGGAUCUGCUGGACGGAUCCCGGACCUGUCGGCCCGGUAGACUCUGAGGUGUGCAGGAGGCGGUCGUAGUUUGUAAGUUCGAGGUAAGGUAAGAUAUAUGUUUCAUUAUUUAUGCGAUUUGCAGUCCGAGGCAGGCUCAUCCCAUCGAGUGUUAUUUGGAAUUGUGCAUGUGUGUUUCGAGUCGAUAUUGAUUAUAAGUGUAUAAAAAUGUCA